AUGAAGUGCCUAUUACUGGCUCUUGCAAUUUUUUUGCUCCUGGCCCAGUUGGUCUCAGGUAGUUUUUAUGUGAGAAAGUGUGCAAACAAAGGUGGAUAUUGCAGGCGCAAGUGCAACACUGGAGAAUUACUAAUAAAUCCUCCGACUGGGUUAUGCAGCAGGGAAACAAGGUGCUGUGUUAAAGAUAGAAAUAAUCCUAUUUUCUGUGGUGGUCACAAAACGAAAACAACUGAAGGCCCAAUAACUACACCUGGAAAUGCCUCAGAAGUUGAAACAACUAUGGCAGGGACCAUGACACCGGCAAAGACGGGGGCAGGGAUGA